AUGCGCACCUCCCUACCGUCCGUUCGCUCUCCUGCGCCUUCCCCCUUCGUCGCGCCUCCUCCUCUCACGUUACCGGCGGUAGCGCGCUGUUUUUUGCUCGUAGCGCGCUCAGCUGCCCCCCCUCCCCUCCGCCCCCCUUCCCGUCUCGUCGCGCGCGCAUUGCGCUGCUGUCGCCGCGCGCGCUUUGCUUCGUCGAGCAACGCGCGCGCUUGCCUCCCCUGCGCCGCACCCUGCCCCUUCCCAAUCCGCCCUCCCCUCCCUCGCCCUCCUCCUCCUUUCCACUCUCCUUUGUCCAUCCCUCCCUAUCUCACCUCUUCCUCCUCCUCCUUUCUCUCCUCAUCUGCUGCAACUCGUGCGUGCUUGUGGCGCACUCUUCCCACAAACCCGCCCCUUCACCAUCCUCCUCCUCUCCUCUCUCCCUCUAACUCCCCUUCCGCUCGUUUUCCUCCACCUCUUUUCUCUCCCCAUCUGCUGCAGCUGGUGACUGAUUGUGUAUUGAACUGUCUCCUCCUCCUUAUGGCGACCUCUCUCGCCCUCCCCUCCCUCCCUCUGCUGGUCCUUCAGCUUGCGCCUGAUGGCAGCGCAGUCAACUUCCCCAGUUGGCUGAACUGUCUCGAGCGCACGCUGUCUGGCACCCUCGUGAGUGGCUUUAACCUCUGGUUUGUCACUCAGCAAAGUGGUUCUGGCGCCAUUCCUAAACAUGCCUCUGCACCUACCUCUACCUCCUCUGACCCCUAUGCUGAUGGCCUUCGUGCUGCUAUCGCUGAAACUGAGCGGAUUGCGGCCACGGCCCAAGCCACUGCUGCUGCUGCUCCUGACAAUGCUGCAGCCCGUGACCUCGCUCGUGUCCUUGCUGAGUCCCUCGAGAGCACCCGCAAGCGCCUCACUGAGCGCCUCGCUGCCCCCUCUCCUCGUUCUGCCUCUACUCCCUCUGCUUCUGCUCCAUCUCACUCUGACCUUCUCGCUGACUGGCAUGUUGCCAACGCACGUGCCUGCCAGGUCAUCCUUGCCUGCCUACCUCCAACCCUUCUCCCUCAGUGCUCGCACAUCCGCUAUGCCAAGGACCUUCUCGGCUAUCUUACCGAGCGCUUCCAGUCGCAGACUCCCAUCAGUGUCAUUGCCCUCUUACGCGAGCUUACCUCUCUUCGCCUUGCUGACUUCACCACCAUGGCGGACUACAUCGCUCGUGUGCAGACGCUGUCCUCCCAACUUGCCUCUCAAAAGUUUGAACUCUCCGAUCAUGUGUGCGGUGCCCUCCUCCUCACAGGCCUCACUCCUGAAUACAGUGUUCAUGUCACUCUGUAUGGUGAGCGCCCUGCCGACCAGUGGUCGUUCUCUCGUGUCUCUGCCUUCGUCCUCCAGGCAGAGCUCAACCUCCGCAGCUGCCCUUUUACUGUCUCCGCUGUCACACCCUCUUCCGCCCCCCCCCCUCUCCCCACCUCCACUGCCGCCGCUGCUUCCUCUCGCCCUCGCAACACCUUUCCUCCUUGCACCUACAUCAUUCGCCAAGGGCCCCGCAAGGGGUAG